UUUCAUAAUUUGUUUAAACCCUUCUCUCUACAACAUUUAUUCAAAAAGAUCUUUAAAACUAAAUUAUGCUCCAAAUUGGAAAAAGCUUUUUGAGAAUUCCAAAAUAUUGUCUUGAACAUACACUUCCUGGAAAUCAUAGAGCGAUAUCCAAUAUUUCACAUCUAGAUGAUUUAGAAAACAAGAAGAACCCGAGCAGCAGCAAUUGUCGUUAUAAUGAAUUUGGCGAUUCUUUACUGCGCCAUAGAAGUAAUAUUUCAAUCGGAAUCGUGGGAAGUGGAUCAAGUGCAGUGUAUGCAACGGUACUUUUGAAGCAGAAUCUUUUGAUAAAGCAAAUUAAUUUCAUAGAUACAACAAAUACACUUGAAGGUGCUAUUGCCGAUGCUUCUUUCAUGGAUACCUCUCCGAAAAUAAAGUAUUAUAAGAAAAAGUUUAUGAGCGAUGCUUUGAAAGAUAUGGACAUUAUAGCCCUUCUUGACGAAACGGAUUUUAAAAUGGGAAAUGAUACGAUUCAUGCCCAAUUUAUGGCUUCGGUAAAUUAUGUCCGAAAAACAGCUGAAAAAAUGGUAAAUUCUUGCCCUGGCGCUUUGGUAGCAGUUUUUGCUAGACCAGUGACUGCUACGCUUCCUCUGAUUUCCGAAAUUUAUAAACGCGCUGGCUGGUGGGAUCCAAACAGAAUAAUUGGUUCUGUUGCUCUCGAAGCAAUGAGAAUAGAAUCUUUCACUUCGAAACUUUUGGAUUUGAAUCCCGCAUUCGUUACAGUUCCUCUUGCGGGAGGUGCAGAUUCUUGCACAACAGUGCCUCUUCUUUCACGAUGUAGGCCGAUCAACGAGUUUACAAAAGCUCAAGAGGAUAUGUUGAUAAACAAAUUUCAGUUAGCGGAGAAAGAGUUAGCAUUAACAGAAUCAAAAGGUCCAACAAUUUCGUCUGCAGCUGCAGUUGCAAAUUUUUUAAACACUCUCAUAGCUGGAGUUUCUGGUCACGAUAAAGCAAUAGCGUGUGCUUAUGUUCGAUCAAAUACAUUACCUUUUUGUCGAUUUUUUACGUCCGAAUUGAAGUUUGGAGCCAAUGGCGUAGAAAAAAAUUUCGGCCUACCCAAAGUAUCCCAGAAAGAAAUUGUCUUAAUUGAAAAAUCCGUUAAUUUCUUGAAUGAAUGUGUGGAUACUGCAAUCGCUGAAGCUCACAAGGAAGAGGAAGUGCAAGCUACAAAUUAACUUUUCACUUGAUUAUAAAUAUCAAGCAAUGCUUUAAUUUUACUGAUGAAACUGU